AUGUCGGAAGCGAAGAAAAGAUCCUCGAGCCAAGCAGGGCUCAGCGAUGAGGACUACGAGGACAGCGACUUCACUGUCCACAAUGACAGCGACAGUCACUCAGACCCGGACAGCGAGGACCAAAAUGAUGAAGUGGAGACUCGGCUGGUCACCGCCCUGCGCGUGGUCAGCGGCAACCGCCAGAAGACGGCCUCCUUGACGCCGCCGUCGGAAGUCGAUGAUGCAGGCAUCACCGACGGACGACCGGGCCGGGAGGCGGACCGUGACUCCGCGGGUGAGGCGGAUGAUGAGAGAGAGUCCUCGCCAUCAUCAGAAAAUGGCGACGAGAGCGACGAUGACAAGGAGAGUCGGCGCCCGGUGGAGCCGGAUGACGAGUACGAGGAGCACCAAGAUGGUGAAGAUGAAGGCGAGCAUCCCAUGAACAGAAACGCAGCCUAUGCGGUGGAAGGUAGCGGAAAAGAUUACGUCCCAAAAAGAAAGAUCAAAAGACGCAAGAAGUAUGAAGCAGAGGCCGAUCAUUCUGAGGCGAUCCGCCAGAAGUACAUCGAGAUGCGGAAAACCCGCACCCCGAUCGCUUGUGACCGUUGCAAGAACUUGAGGAAAGAGUGCACAAUCGAUGAGGAAGGCUGCAUCCAAUGUCAGACCAUCAAGAUGCCGUGUAUGCACACUGACCCAAUCACCUUGAUAACGGAACGACGGGGGGCAUCCAAGAAAAAGGAUAGAACGAUCCACGACCUGAAGGCUUGUAUCCUGAAGCUGCAAAGACAGGUCGCGGUUCAGCUGCACCCAUAUGGCCCCCCCGUGGGUCAAUAUCACUUUCCACAGCAUAGGCCGAACGCUUCUCCCAACCCGCGUUCUCUCAGUCCACAGGGCAAUUCGGCACGAUGGGGUCAUGCCAGUAGCGGCAGCAGCGCAGAGAAGGGCUUGGCGUAUGCCAACAGCAACGGUUUUGCUUCCUCGAACAAUCACAAUAACAUAGCCCCGUCGAGGAAACCGGGAAAGCGAAACGGGGAUCACCCCCCAGUCACCAAGCCUCGUCCACAUGACAGUGGUAGCUCGGGCAGCUCUGGGGGUAAAUCCGGGUACCUGGCCGAGCUGGACAAGAACAUGGGUCCCGGUGGACGGGCCAAAAUCAACAGCAACAUGGAGAAAUUUCUCGAGCACGACCCGGAUUAUCAGAAGAAGGCUUACUUCCAUUCGAGUUCUCCUCGACCGCGCCAGAUGUCUGGUCCCGGCUACGGUUCUCUCUACCAGGAUUACCACGAGUUCACCAACAACGCACACUAUCCUCCGCCACCCCCCCGGCCGAUGAGCACCAGUGCACACCGCAUGUAUGACCCUCCCUAUAUGGGUGACCCACGAUAUGGCCACCCUCAGCCAGGCUAUGUCAAUCAUGCCCCCCGAUAUCCUACGCCGCCGCCGCCGCACUUCCGCCCGUACCCUGAACGCGCCAACCCAGAGUAUGAGCACAUGGACCCUCGUCAUCACUACGAUGGUGGCCUGCGUUCGACUCCGGAGGCGGACAAGGAUCCCUAUUACGGCUUACCCGACGCCGGGCCGAGCGAUUUCGGUGACGAUGAAUUGAUACAGGCGUAUAGGACUUUCUAUCCGGAGGGUGAGUCGACUUCUGCGGGAGCGGCCGAGCAAGCCCGGGCAAGCCGAACUCGGCCCAAAUUUAUACCUCGGGGGAUGCCGCCGGGGAAUCCGCCUCCCAGGCCAAGAAAGAAGUAA